CUCGCCGAGAUAGCCAAGAGUCACUCUGAAAAGCCUGUGGCCAGUCUCACCUCCUCUCUCUCGUCUCUUCCAGGGUUCUCAGGGGGCCCGUGGUCUCACCCCUUCUCCAGAAAUGGACCCUUGCCAGCAGGAACUUCACAGCGUUGCCUCUGAUGCAUGAGACCCCUAUGCUGGUGGAGCCCCAGUGUCUGACAACAGGUGCAAACGACCAAAGAAGACACGCUCAGGGCAGAACUUCCGUCUCGGAGAGAGGAAGAAAUCCUUUUCCUAACUGGUUCCACCUACACCAGAUGGAUGGUGUCUAGCCUGCUUCCAAACCCCACCUCGGCCGAGUGCUGGGCGGCCCUUCUACAUGAGCCCAUGACUGUUGAUAUGGAUGCAGUCCUGUCAGACUUUGUUCGGUCCACGGGGGCAGAACCUGGUCUGGCCAGAGACCUACUGGAGGGCAAGAACUGGGACCUCUCGGCCGCGCUGAGCGACUAUGAGCAGCUCCGCCAGGUGCACACGGCCGGCCUGCCGCAGGUGUUCGGGGAGGGCCGGUGCCCCAAGCCGCCCGAGCGGGAGCCCCGGGAGCCCCCGCAGCCCGCGCACAAGGCCGAGCGGCCCGGCACGCACCGGCCAGAGGACAUCGCACAAGAGAAGCGCCUGUCCCGCGGCAUCUCGCACGCCAGCUCGGCCAUCGUGUCCCUGGCACGCUCCCACGUGGCGGGCGAGUGUCGCAGCGAGCAGUUCCCGCUCGAGAUGCCCGUCUACACCUUCCAGCUGCCCGACCUGAGCGUGUACAGCGAGGACUUCCGCAGCUUCGUGGAGCGGGACCUCAUCGAGCAGGCCACCAUGGCCGCCCUGGAGCAGACCGGGCGCCUGAACUGGUGGUCGACUGCCUGCACCAGCUGUAAGCGGCUCCUCCCUCUGGCCACCACGGGUGACGGGAACUGCCUCUUGCAUGCCGCCUCACUGGGCAUGUGGGGCUUCCACGACAGGGACCUGGUCCUGCGCAAAGCCCUCUACAGCAUGAUGCGGACGGGAGCCGAGCGCGAGGCCCUGAAGCGCCGCUGGAGGUGGCAGCAGACGCAGCAGAAUAAGGAGUCAGGACUGGUGUAUACGGAAGAGGAGUGGGAGCGGGAAUGGUCGGAGCUGCUCAAGCUGGCAUCCAGCGAGCCCCGCACACACUUCAGCAAGAACGGUGGCUCGGGUGGCGGCUUGGAAAAUGCAGAAGAUCCGGUGUAUGAAAGCCUGGAGGAGUUCCACGUGUUUGUGCUAGCUCAUAUCCUCCGUCGGCCCAUCGUGGUGGUGGCUGACACAAUGCUUCGAGACUCGGGCGGGGAAGCAUUCGCACCCAUCCCGUUUGGGGGCAUAUACCUGCCCUUGGAGGUGCCCCCCAACAGAUGCCACUGCUCGCCCCUGGUUCUCGCCUAUGACCAAGCCCAUUUCUCAGCCCUGGUGUCCAUGGAGCAGAGGGACCAGCAGCGAGAGCAAGCCGUGAUCCCUCUGACGGACUCGGAGCACAAGUUACUGCCGCUGCACUUCGCCGUGGACCCCGGCAAGGACUGGGAGUGGGGGAAGGACGACAAGGACCACUCCAGGCUGGCGCACCUCAUCCUGUCCCUGGAAGCCAAGCUGAGCCUCCUGCACAGCUACAUGAACGUGACUUGGAUACGGAUCCCCUCGGAGACGCGGGCACCCCUGGCACAGCCGGAGUCCCCGACGGCCUCGGCGGGGGAGGACGUGCAGUCGCUGGCCGACUCGGUGGACUCGGACCGCGACUCAGUGUGCAGCAGCGCCAACGGCCAGCACCAGGGCGGCGGCAAGAACGGCGCCAAGGACAGCAAGGACAAGGAGAAGCCGGCGCGCAAGGACAAGGACAAGGACAGGGACAGGGACAGGGACAAGACACGCGCCGACUCGGUGGCCAACAAGCUGGGCAGCCUGAGCAAGACGCUGGGCAUCAAGCUCAAGAAGAACAUGGGAGGCCUGGGGGGGCUGGUGCACGGCAAGAUGGGCCGCGCCAACUCGGCCAACGGCAAGGGCACCUGCGGUAGCGGCGGCGGCGUUGGAGCCGGCGGUGGAGACGCGCCGGAGCGCGCCAAGGACAAGAAGGCCAAAGCGCGCAAGGGCAGCAAGGAGGAACCCGGGUCCGGCUCGGGCGCGUCGGCGGGCACGUCCCCGUCGGAGAAGACCACGCCGUCGCCCACGGACAAGGCGUCGCCCGCGGACAGGCCGAGGCCCGACGCCUGGAAGUACAGCACGGACGUGAAGCUGAGCCUCAACAUCCUGCGCGCGGCCAUGCAGGGCGAGCGCAAGUUCAUCUUCGCGGGGCUGCUGCUCACCAGCUACCGCCACCAGUUCCACGAGGAGAUGAUCGGCUUCUACCUGACCAGCGCCCAGGAGCGCUUCAGCGCCGAGCAGGAGCAGCGGCGCCGGGAGGCCGGCGCCCUCGCCAACGGUGCCACCGCCGGCUCCAGCGCGCCCGGGGCGCCCUCGAGCGCCAAGCGCGCCGCGCCCGCGCCCGGGGGUUCCGAGCACGCCUCUCCGGGGCCGCCGGGGCCCUCCGGGACGGUGCCCACGGCCGGGCAGCCCACGCAGCUGGUGCUCAAGUUCAAGGAGCGCCCCAGCCCGGGGGGGCGCACGGCGCGGGGCUCCUCUUCCGCCGCGGUGGCUGGGGGCGGCGGGGCCUCCCCGAGCUCGAGCCUGGGCCCUCGGCGCGCCGCGGGCCGCAGCCCUCCGCCGCUGCCCGGCCGCCAGAGCGUCAUCCACCUCCGGGACGAGGGGUGCGCGCGGUCCCCGCCACCGCCCGCCGUCGGGGCCCUGCGCCCCUGCGCCACGUACCCGCAGCAGAACCGCUCCUUGGCCUCGCAGAGCUACAGCCCCGCGCGCGCCCACGCCGCCCUGCGAGCCGUGAACACCGUGGAGACGCUGGCCCGCGCCGCGGGCACCCCCGUCGAGGCCAAGGGCAAGGCGCACGCCCGCGGCCACGGCCUGGGCACCGCCGCGCGCGGCGACGCCUUGGAGUUUGCCGACGCGGACUCGAACCCUGAGUGCGCCAGGGGGGGAGGAGAGAGAGGGGGGCCUGGAGGGUCUGGAGGGUCGGGGGGAUCGGAGACGGGUGGCCCCAGCCCCGCGCAACGGCGGUGCCAACGGGAAAACUGCGCCUUCUACGGGCGCGCCGAGACGGAGCACUUCUGCUCCUAUUGCUACCGCGAGGAGCUGCGGCGGAGACGAGAGGCCCGUGGGGCGAGGCCGUGAGAGGGGCCCUGCGU